AUGGGAAUUCGGGAAAUAUUUGGCAGGGCAAAAGCCAAAAACAACAACACUGUAAAUAAACAGGCCGAAAAUUCCAACGCGACUUCGCGUUCAGGACAAGCAGGAACUUCAUCCACCUCCCGCCGUCAUUACCAUGCAAACGCAAAGAGUGCUGAUCGUCUCGAAAUCGGGCGUCCAUUACUACAAGGACAUUCAUACAAUGCGGCAGUGGCAGCGACUCCUCCCGUAACGGGAUCAUAUCCAGUGGCAGGGAAUGGACCGAAUAUAUUGCAGGAGAUCCAAAAGACGAGAACAAGAAGAAACUCGAUACAAAGCAUCGCAUCACGCACUUCUUUCUCAUUGUCAAGGAAUCGUUCCAAAUACAAAUCGCGCGCUGGAAAGGUAGAAACCGAAUCCCCACCCACGAGAGCGCAAACAGCUUCAAAUGAUGCUCCGAAGCAUGAACGGAGUACCAGCGAUUUGGGGAGGACGAGAUCGGGAUUCUCUAUGAAAUCACCUCCCAAUUUCUUCAGCCAUAAGAGAAAAGAUUCGGUGCGUUCUAACAAAUCUAGCAAGUCAGCAAGCAAUGUCUCGAUACCCGCACCACCACCGAUACCUCCACCAAUGCCGAUUCCACGGCCGAGAUCAAAAUCAGCCUCUGGCAGUAUGCAGCGUAAAGUCAGGCGAUAUCCUUCUUCUCAAGCAAUUCCCGAAGGCUUCGCGCACAUCUUUCCCUCGACCCGACUCUCUCGAAAAGCGCAUGUCGACCUCUUCGAUGCGCAUUCGACAAUAAGACACGACCGAGAACGGUCGCAGAACCGUACACAGGCGCUUGGGACGAGGAAUUACGGCGAAGAUGUCGCGGAUCGAAAUAUCAUCGCCCACCUGGGUCUGAAUUCGCCAGAAUUCGGCUACCUCAAGUCACUUUAUCUGAACGGGAAUGGCAGCAACACCAGCCUAGCAAGGAAACAAGAUGUUGGCAUAGCGGUUUCUGGACCCACGAGAAGAGAAUAUUCUUCUUCAAAAAUUACUCCCAAAUUGUCGAGCUCCGGCCUAAGACCAAUCGUGAAUUACCACCACCGCCUCGGCUCUGCGUCGACUCGCCAAGCUCCAGACAGCACUCUAGGCCAAUCCACGCCCGGAUCGCCGCCCACUGACGACACACUGAAAAAGCAAUAUUUCCAGGCCCUGACGCCUGCAGUCGCCCCAGCAGCCCGCGCCGCAACGCUCUCUCGGAACUCUCCAGCUCCCUCGUCCUCAUCUGCUAUUCUAGGGGUUAGCGAGUCACCAUCCAUCGUUCGAGCCAUUGCUGCAGCGGACAGUUCUGGCCCUUUGACUAGCUUCCCUCCAAGAACCGAUUCGGUGACUAGUCGAUCCUAUUCAGCUAAUCGAGGGUACGAUGACGAUGGCAAACUCACAAUGCCCUCCCUUCCCGUCCGGGGCCGUAGUAGGGAUCAAAUCGUUAGGUCUGGAUCUACACUGUCACGGAGCUCGAUAGAAGAAGAAUCUUCCACUCUCGUUGCUUUUGUAGAUUCUAUUGAUCCCACCCCCACAUUUCCAUCUUUCUACAACAAAUUAUUUGCAUUGAAUCGGACUUCUUCCAUCUAUUCUCAGGAACAGUCGUUCUUUCUCCCUCGCGGCGAGCAACUGGUAGCAAGAGGAACUCCAAGUGUUGAGUCUCCGACCGCAAACACCUUCGCGGCUCCCUCUCCUAUAGUUAGUCCCAGGCGUCUCAGACAGACUUCGAGCUCCACCAUCGUUCGAAGCCCGUACUGGUAUCAUCGGACAUCCUCGAUGUCGAGUCAAGGCACGGUAGUGGGAUCCCAUCGAAGAGGAAAUUCCAGCAAUGGAUCAGCAAGCUAUUCCACCUAUUCAUCGACAGCCUCUCCUCCGCAAAGCCCUCGAGAGAAGCGGGAGAACUAUAUCAUAGAAGGAGCUUCAGAACCUCCAAGUUUAGAUGGCAUAGUGGAUUUGACCAACACGGUAGACACUACGGUGACUACAAGACAAUUACCUGGUACAUCUUCACCCCCUACUCCUCAUUCUCCGUGGUCACCAACCAGUCCGCCAUAUACGAGGUCCAAUCGCUCAUCCAACCGUUCCAACAAACCAAUGCCAUUACCUCCCGUCACGCACGAAAAAGUAAUCCCCACCCUCCGCGAAGUCCUCGAAGAAGUCAUUACCCGCGAGAUCCACACACACGAUGUAUUCCACCGCAUCCUGCCCGUCAUCGAGACCGUCGUCUUACCAACAAAACACUACGUCCCGACGCCCGACGGAAAAGGCCUUCGUGAAGUCCCCGAGCAUCUGAUCCCAGGUCGAACUUCCCAGCAUAGUCCGAGUCAAAACUGGGCAAUCGUGCAAACAGGCACGGGAGGCCGUUCGAAUUCACUCUGGUCAACCGCCGCGAACGGAUCGCACAAUUCGGAUAAAAUUUCCUCGUCUACAUCCCAUGUGGUCGGUGGAACAAGCACGCUUGAACCUGUACUGACGAGCAAGAAAACAUACAUGACGCCAGAGGGCUAUCCACGCACCGAGUACGUCUGGCGUCACCCUCCAGUAUUUGAGACCGCCAACGGACAGAUCCAGUAUAUCUUCCAAGGCGUGGAGCGUUAUCUCAAUGGCGAGCAACGGCACGGCCAUACGCGUAGUGAGAGCGACACGAACAACAUCCCGCGCAGCGAGACGUUUGCGCGGAAGAUUGGCGAGGGGAAUCUGAGGAGUAGGUUCAAUAGGGAUAGUGGGUAUGAUGGGGGGUAUAGCCACGAGGAGCAUGCAGCUAGGGGACAGCAUGUCGGGUGGGAGGCUAGGGAGGAGGAGUAUCGGUUGGAUGAUGGGAGGGUGAGGAGUGCUGGGUAUGAACCGGUGAGGGGUGGGGAGGCUACUAAUGCUUUGAGGAGGAUACGGGAGAGGAGGUCAAGGGCUUCGAGUGCGGCGUCUAGUGGGGGGUUUGUUGGGGAGGUUGAGAGGGGGAUGAGGGGGUUGAGUGUUAAUCAUUAA